AUGCCUUUUAUUCACGAUGAAGGGUAUGAUUGGCCUUACGAUGUGUAUGAUUCGUCUGACGACGACUAUUAUGAGUCCACCAUGGAAGUGAUCCCUCAGGAAGAUCCAUUUGAUCGGAACCGGCGGCUGAUUAAUAUCGAUUUGGGACCUGCGGUAUCAGCAGCGGCGGAAGCGGGGCGCGAGAUUAGAAUUAUCGUGGAGGAACCUGUGGAGGGCGACGAGUCUGUUGCUGUACCAUGGGAACUUCUUGACGGCUGGUUUUACAGCGUGGGAAAUUCCUAUGUUAUAUCUCUCGUUGUUGAGGAUAAGCCGGAUUUCGACCCUGAUGCGGUAUACCUGUAUUACUUCUACAACACAGGACGCAGCUUCUCUUUUCUCUUCACCAUUGAUCCUUUGCUCAUCAGACUUCUGGAUUAA